AUCUUGUGUGUGCCUCUGCCUGGAAGGUCCAUAUUGCUAAAUUUUCCUUACUGGUUGGUCUAAUCUUUGGUUAUCUAAUAACCGGAUGUAUUGCUGACUUGGUUGGCCGGAGACCGGUGCUGCUCUUUUCCAUCAUAUUCAUUCUGAUCUUUGGACUGACUGUGGCGCUUUCAGUGAAUGUGACAAUGUUCAGCACACUCAGGUUUUUUGAAGGAUUUUGCCUGGCUGGAAUAAUCCUUACCUUGUAUGCACUGAGAAUAGAGCUUUGUCCUCCUGGACAUCGGUUCAUGAUCACGAUGGUGGCAAGUUUCAUAGCUAUAGCAGGACAGUUCCUCAUGCCAGGCUUGGCAGCCCUCUGCAGGGAUUGGCAGGUCCUCCAGGCUCUCAUCAUCUGCCCUUUCCUCCUGAUGCUUCUCUACUGGUCUAUUUUCCCAGAGUCUCUCCGGUGGUUAAUGGCCACACAGCAGUUUGAACCAGCAAAGAAGUUGAUCCUGCAUUUCACGCAGAAAAACCGAAUGAAUCCUGAGAAUGAUAUUAAAGGAGUGAUGCCUGAACUGGAGAAGGAACUUUCCAGGAGGCCCAAGAAGGUCUGCAUUGUGAAAGUGGUGGGGACAAGGAACCUAUGGAAAAACAUUGUGGUCCUGUGCGUGAACUCGCUGACCGGGUUUGGGAUCCACCACUGCUUUGCUAGGAGCAUGAUGGGCCACGAGUUACCACUGCUCACGAACUUCUAUGCUGACUACUAUACCACGGCGGGCAUAGCCUUAGCUUCCUGCCUGGCCAUGUGUUUGGUGGUCAGGUUCCUGGGCCGCAGGGGCGGGCUGCUGCUGUUCAUGAUCCUCACAGCCCUGGCCUCCCUUUUGCAGCUUGGCCUCCUCAACCUGAUUGGAAAAUACAGCCAGCAUCCAGGCUCAGGAAUGAGUGAAAAAGUCAGAGAGAAAUUCUCCACCACGUUUUCCAUUGUGGGUAUGUUUGCCUCACACGCGGUGGGAAGCCUCAGCGUUUUCUUCUGCGCAGAGAUCACCCCAACAGUAAUAAGGUGCGGAGGCUUGGGCCUGGUCCUGGCCAGCGCUGGCUUCGGAAUGCUGACCGCCCCGAUCAUAGAGCUGCACAACCAGAAGGGCUACUUCCUUCACCACAUCAUCUUUGCCUGCUGUACCCUCAUCUGCAUCAUCUGCAUCCUCCUCCUGCCGGAGAGCAAGAACCAGAACCUGCCGGAGAACAUUCUCAAUGGUGAACAUUACACCCGGCAGCCCCUUCUGCCCCACAAGAAGGGAGAGCAACCCCUCUUGCUCACAAACUCAGAACUCAAGGAUUAUUCUGGCCUCCACGAUGUGGCCGCCAUGGGGGAUGGGCUGCCAGAAAAUGCCACAGCAAACGGGAUGAAGUCCAUGUAACUGGGCUGGUUUUGUCACUUCAGGAGGGGAGCCCUUUUGGGGUCAGAUUUUCUUUUUGUCUGGCACAGGUUUACAGACCUGUAAUGAUGGCAGGUACGGCCAACUUGGAAAGGAAAGGUCAGAUCUGCUGCUAAAGUCACUUAAUCACAGGAGACUUUCAACUGGUGUGAGGAAAUUUCUGCUGACUGGAAAGCAUCAGGAUGAUGUAUUCGAGGGAAGAAACUGGCUGGAGAGAUACCUUCAAAGACCUUCUUUUUCUGCCAUUAAAUGUUUGUAUUUAUUUUGGUCAUUUUUACAAGAAGCACUUUAUUCCCUUUUCCUCUCAUUAAUCACAAAGUAAAAUGAACCUUCUCUUAAGGAGAGGCACAGCCAUUCCAAGGAAGAGACUUUUAGAAGCAAAGCAAAAAAAAAAAAAAAUCCAGACCUGAAAGAGGCAUCUUUUCUAUAGAAGACGAACACACUACUACCCAGAAGAGCAAAAAGUGAUUUCUUCCUGUCCCCAAACCCUAAAGCCGCCUGUGGGUAUGAGCAAAUCAAGCUGUUGUCAAUUAAACUGUGAUUGCAUUUUAGACAAUGGGGGGAAAGUAAAAUUCAUUAGGUUUUGAUGGUGUGUCUGUAUAUGGUUUAAAACAAAAGAAGUGUCAUUUUCUACAUGUAAGGUAAGACCUUCCCAUUCCACAAUUAGAUUAAGCAGUUCACAAAUCCCAAUAAAGCAGGUAUGUGGUUCUUCUUUCAGGAUGGUUCUUUUGUAUUGAAUAACGAUGUUUGAAGCUUCUUUGGGAAAAGUCCUAAACAUUUCAUUCAAAAUGAAGAAAACCCACACAACCAAUGGCUGUGGAUCCAGUUUUCUGAUGCUAGGGCUGCCUAAAGAAGUGGAUAAAUCAGUAAUAGGUGUACCGAGGCAGGAGGCAGGACGCAGCGUCAAGAACCUGAGACUCCUACCCCUACCCAGAUGCCUUCCAGCUAAAAUCUCCCUAGUCCAUUAGCAGCAUGAGCUGCAGACUCUACUUGAAAGAAGAAUGGCUACUUUCUAAUCAACAAAUGAUACCGAAAAGUGACAUUGACAAUGACAGUAAAUGAACAGAGGGAGGCGGUACAAAAACCUUACCAGGUAUACAUGUCUAGAGCACACACCCUCGAGGAAAGCACUUGCUUAUAUUUUACUAUCGAUUCUUCAAAUAUUUAUUUAUUGAUGAUUUUCUGACAUGUGGGUUAGCCUCCAGGUCCUCUGCUUCUCCCAAUCUUUUUGUCCACUUCACUGCUUAUCAGGGCACAAGCAGGGCAGAAAAGAGAUUAACCUCAAAUCAGUCUGUUUUCCAUCCAAACCCUUCCAAAAAAAAAAAAGAAGAAGAGAGGACAGAAAAAGGAAAUCCUACAAAAUGAUAAAAACAAAAUACUUAUAAAUAAAAUUGAUGCUGGAUUUUAAUUCCGCCCCACCCCCCCAAAAAAAAUCUCACGGGUAAUUUUAACUAUUGUAUGCAUUUGGAGGCCACUUUGCACCUUCCCAAAAUUAAUCCACAGAUUCACUGGCCUCAUUAGAAGCCAUCCUCAGAGCCGGGAUGGAUGUGGUAGUCUUUUGAGGUUUCCUGUAUCAUGUUAAGGUUAGCCACUAAAAUCUUACAUCCUAUUUUAGCCCACUAAAAAAGGAACUUUUGGGGGACUCAGAUGUGAUGCCCCUUUGUAGUAACAGCAAGCAAUUAACCUACUGACCCCAUUUCCACACAGUUCCACAGAUGCCUAACUACUGACAACCUUUGGCUCUUACUUGGUCAAGCUCAGAGAAGGAUCAAGCUGGAGGUUUUUUCCUGAGCAAGAAGUUUUUUCUGUCCUGGUCGACAUUGUGUGUUAUGUAUGUCUUUGUCCUGGGGCAAAGUUAGAUCUUCCAAUGGUCUAAGUGCCAGGAUGGGUACUGUGUAUUAAAUGGCAGCCAUGUAACUGCUAUGUAGCUUGAUGUGGAAGAGCCCAGAAAAGGGGUUAAUCUGUCCUCUGUUUCCCCAUCGUAGCUCCUUACCUCAUCUACGUGCCUGCUGUCUCCACCGACCUUGGUCCUCCUAACAGUAGCACAAUGUUGUAGCAGUAGGUAGCAGCUGAGUGACCUCUUCCUCAGUGCCGGGGGGCAUCAGUGCUAGGGUGGGAUAUUAAUCGAAGAGACAAGAUUAUUGGAAUGAAGAAGGCAAACCAAAAUAGGGGUGUUUUCUAAACCAUGUCCAAAACAUAAGAACCUACUGCUGCCGUGGAGAACCAGGAUACACAUCUGGGUUCUAAAAAGACUCUUCCUAAGAAACACUGGAGCAGGUGAAGACGGACUUUAAAAACAACCCAGUAAUGAACAAUCAACGGGGAAACAGGCUGUUGUUACACAGCUGGCUUCAGUUCAGCUACCAUUGCAUUGUAUGACUGUUCUUAACCUCUGUAGUUGCUUGUAUGACUUAAAGUUGGGUCUCCUUUGUUCCAUGUUGCAAAUUUUCAGUCUGCAUUCACCUUGAAAAAGGCCUUUCUUUAGAUGUGUGCAGUCUUCACGUGCCAAACUUGUGAAAUACCUUUUGCCUUUUAUAGAGUACUUGCGAAAAAAUCACAUGGCAACAGAAUCCAUGUAAGUAGAUGAAAAAUAUAGACGUGGCCUUGAAGCGAGAACAUCAGACACAUGAGGGGAGGAGCAGUCAGCAAGGGCUCUUUGGACCACAGACUGGACACCUGGGCACCUAUUCAGGUGUGCACAAGUACAUACACACACACACACACACACAUACACACACACACACACACACACACACGUGUGCACACACACAGCUGGUACACUUUGCAAUCCAUUUACUGUAACAGCUUUUUAGUUAAUGAUAUCUAUGAGCAUUCUUGAAACUGAGGUCUGAAUCCCGUGGAUUUUUUCAAGUAACACGUAUUAAGGCUGUCCAUGCUCCUGAGCCACCAGUCAUCUCUUGGAGUCACGCACAGUGCUUUAUAGAGCCCUCCUUGUUUCAGGGUCUCUACUCUCUUAACUUAGGACAACAUCCAAGAACAGGGCCAAUGAACAGAAGGAAAAAACAAAACAAACACUAGAACAUAUCAAACAACAGGUUGGAUUAAUGACAUGAAUUAAAAAGUGACAGGAGUUAAAAACAAAGUCCUGGUUCUUAGCUUUAGAGGCCAGGGGAUGAGGGAGUAGGAGGAGAAAUUUGGAUUUGGAUUUUUUUAGCCCAGUCUGACUACACUGGAAUUAUCUUGCUAAGAACCCGGUGAGCAGCACACAUCUCAGCGAGGUGUCCCUCUAUUCUGAUCCUGUUGGCGCAUCCCUCUCAAAACUCACCCAGGGUUAAAGGGCCAGGCUUUAACUCCUCCUUUCUGUGGCAUCGUCAGCUGGUAAAAGUUUUCAGUGCCAGCCGAACAUUUUUACUGAAUGUAGUCAAAUCAGAAGGACCUCUCUUUGGAGAGAGCCCAGGAAAGUAAGGUACCAAGUGAGGCAGCAGGGCUGGAGAAAGGGGCGUCUGGGUCCUGAAUCUCAUCUGCCCUGCUCUCUAUGUACAGAUGGGUGCUCUGGCAGCUACUUAAUGACUUGUCUGUCAAACUUGAAAACUACUCAAUCCUGUUUCCUUCAUGGUUGACACAAAGGAAACGCUUUUCUCAGGCGACUUGCUGCUUCCAGUCAGCCUCCUCUUCCCCUCUCCCCCAUAGAAAGCAUUCAAAGAUGUACUUGCCAGCUACCUACAUGUAAAACCCAUUUCAUUCUGAAACCUCAUUAGUUAGAUCUUCAACCACCAGGGGGCUCUGUCUCAUCUCCUUUGUCUCCUUCGUUCCAAACGAUUAACGCACAAACGCCUUUCAUCCCAGGCCUCCCCAUUCCCAUCACCCUGGCACCACCCCACCCAUCCCACCUCCAAGUUCUCAAGGAUGCUUUUUGUGCUAUCGAGCACCAGUCUCUUCUGAUCUUCUAAGAGGCUGGUUGGCCACUGACACGCUGGCAAUUGGAAAAGGGGUGGAGUGGUUGGUUUAUUCAGUCACCGAGCAGGAAAUAGCUAAUGAUACACAAAAGGAAGUAUCCCGAUUAAACCCUGAUACUUCCCAGAGCCAAGCGGAAGUCACAAAACUGGAAGUAGGAGUGCCAUGAAAUGGACUUUGACUGUCACAUCACCAGUAGCCUCUGGAUGGCUCACACUGGAUGGCAUCCUGCACUUCAACUGCUAUGGUUGGUCUUUUUUGUUUUUAGACAAAACCUCAUUUUAAUGUAGUGUGUAAAAUGUUUUGGGAAAGGAAUACAGUGUAAUGUCUAGUGGGUAAGCUUUCCUUCCUCCCUGCCUUCCUUCCUUCCUCCAUCCUCUCCCCUCUUCCUUUCCCCUGCCCCAACUCCCUUUGUUUCUGAUGAGGCUCUAAUUAAAGAAUUGUUACUGUACGUUUUGAUCAUUAGUCUGGUGGUGCUUACCCAUAGCACAAGCUUAAAUCAAGUACUGAAACUGUCUUACAAGCUAAGUGUCUGCAUGAUGUUACAUCUGUUGUACCUACUGAGAAAUUUGUAUGUGAAUGUACAGAAAUAAAAACAAAAAAAAAAAAACU